AAGCGAAGGAGAGCGAGGUGAAGUAGAACUGGAAGUUCCGAGGUUGUUUCAGAGAAACUUGGCCAAAUGAAACAGGCGGUCUGAAAGGCCUGCCGCCGGUACGGACUGUCGUCACCUGUUCCUCGCACACUUUGCCAUGAAAGUGGUAGAUUUGGGGGGGACCGAAGAAUGGGGUGAAGGGGGAUGUUUGAGGAAAUCGCGUCCGCAACGUCUCACGAAAAAAGCUGUUCUUUCGUUGCUGAGGACACACAACUGGGCUGCCUACGUUGUCCGUGCUUGGGUCAGGGGUGAUGCCGCCGGCGGCACCCGCGGCAUAAAAAUAAACCGCAGAUCCUGCAGCAGACUCGCGCACAGGUGAGAUAUUCUCAGCGCGAGAGCAGGUCCGGGCGAGAGGCGAGCGAGUUCCGGUGCUAGAGGCCUUCUCUGGAUUGGAUACUGGAGGCAAUUCCUCGCGCAACGCCUCGCUGAUCGCGCCAGAGAAACCGUUCUCGCGCACACAGGCCGCCGCGGCGUGUACCCGUGAGAGACAGCUGCCCGAUGCGAAGAAAAGUAACGAGGGAAGCGCGCGACUGACUUCCCGUCUGUUGUCUGCUGGGAAAGGUUAGCGCUUUCCUCGAGUUUGCGGAGGUUUUCGUGCCUUAUGUCUCUCCUUUCCAUCCCGCAGCGCCCUGUCUCCGUUCUCUGCGAUCUCCGUCGCGAAAAAAGAUCUUGCUCCGACCUAGAGGUCGCAGCGCCUCGUUUCCCCGGUGUCUUGCGAACGACCGCGGGGAAAAUCCGGGUCACCACCUGCCCCGCUGUUUCGAGGGAAACUAUGCGAGUCUCUUGUCCGCCUUUUUUUCUGAUUUGAGGCGGAGUGCUGUCGAGGGUGCUUCGACACCGUCAACUCUCUCUCGGCGGCGUCCCUGUGUCAUCUUCGGACCUCCUGCGCGUCGUCGCCAGCGCCACCGGUUGCCCCUGAAACCUGCAGGGAAGGCGACUUCUUUUUAGCUCAACCACAUGAGAAAAGCGUUCUGGAUGGAGUUCCGAACUUCCCGUUUUCGUAACGAUUCAGCCGCCAACGAAAGCUAGACGCCCCGGUACACAUCCCAAAAUGUAUCCUCUCUAGCGCCGCAAGGUCUCUCCCUGCAAUCUUGGCCUUUUUAUCGCCGGCUUCGAACGGAGAAUGCGAUAAGUUCUCUGCACCAGUGCUCUUUAUCUUGGGGAAUCGGAACGUUUCUUUCCAGAAUCGACAGGUCGAGCCAGCGAGGCGCCGGACGUUGUGCGUCUUUCUUCGCGUCGAACUCCCCACGGCGGGCACCGAGCAGACGCGUGUCUUGUCUCCUCUUUUGGGGGCAACCGUAUCUCCUCAGGUUCUCUUCCUUCUCUCUCGGCAGCGAAUCGGCUUCCUUCUUCUCCAAGACAUGAGAUCGAAGUUGGCCUCUGCAGAGAACCGUGUCAGGACGCAUGUCCCAGGAAGUCAACGGACCUUAAGGUAGCGAAGGAGACUCUUUGUUCAAGACCAGCAAGUCCUUCUUUACCCGUCGUCUUCUCUGUCGUCUUCUUCAGGCUUUCUUCGCCUUUUUUCCUCCUUUUCCUCCAAGGCGCCUGUACAGAAGGAAAGACGGGGGUGGGGUCACUCGAAACAGAAAGGAAACGCCGGAGAAAAAACAAGGAAAAAACCAAGAACGAAGAGGGGAACAAGGAACGAAAGUCACAAUGAAUUGCACAGAGGAAACUGUUCAGCAGUUUAUGGCGGCGACAGGCGUCUCCGACCGCGAGACCGCGACGCGCUACGUGGAGAUGGCCGCGGGAGACUGCAACGCAGCAGCGCUGCUGUUCUUCGAUCACCAAGAAGAAGGCCUUUCUGUCGGCUUGCCCAGUCGAGGUCGUGCAGCAGCCGAGGCCUGCCGACCCAACAGGGUCUCUCCAGACACGCACCUUACGCCUCUCUCUUCUUCCUCUUCUUCCUCUUCUUCUUUUCUUUCUCCUUCUUCUUUGCUGUCUUCUUCCUCCUCAACUGCGUCUUCCUCUUCAACUGCGUCUUCCUCUUCAACUGCGUCUUCCUCUUCAACUGCGUCUUGUCCCUAUCGAGGCGCCGCCUCGGCCGCUGCUCAGCAGGCGCAGGAAGAAGAGGAACUCAGGAAACCAGAUCCUGCCUACAGACAAACGCUUCUGACGCAGCCGCUGUAUGGCGAACCUGCGGCAGAAGACAGAGCAGCCUCGGCUGCGGCAGCGACCUCUUUGCCGUCGAGUCUCACAGUGGCGAUGGACGCCGGAAGUUCCGCGUUCGCAGGCCUGUACGAACCUCCCAAGGAGCUCGUCUGCACCUUGUCCUUUGCCAAGGCGCGGGAGCUCUGCAUGCGAACUGGCCGCUGGCUGCUCGUGAACAUUCAGAAGGCAGAUGAGUUCGGCAGCCACAAACUGAAUCGCGACAUCUGGCGCUCGGAGGUUGUUCAGGAUCUGCUGAAGGAGUUUUUCGUAUUCUGGCAGCGAGCUGAAUCGAAUCAGGAAGGGCGCGUCUUCUGCGAACUCUAUAAGGUGACAAGCUUUCCUCACAUCGCCGUCGUCGACCCGCGCACUGGGCGCUCCAUGAAGCAGUGGCCGAGUCGCCGGUUCUCGGAGGCCAUAGGGGCACAGUCUGAACUCUUCGAGUUCAUCGAACACCAGCAACAACUCGCCGAAGCUAAAGCCAAGGCAGGCCGUGAGAAAGACUCUUCUUCUGUGUCGCGGACUCUGUCUCCAUCCGCAUCUCCUUCCUCGCCUGCGCUGCCAGUCGCCGGCGACGCCCCGCGAAGCAGCUCCGAAAAAGAAGCGAGGAAUUCAGAAGAAAAAUCAGAAAAAUCGGAAAAAGAAGAGCGAAAAGAAGAGCGGGGCCAAGCGGACCUAGAGAUACUCAGAGAGAAGAGGCUGAGGGCACUGGAACAACAGUCGCGUCGUUCUGAGGAAAAGUGAAUUUGCGGAGAAAGCCGCCGAUUGGAGACAGGCGAAAGGCAAGAAGAACUUGACGCAACGCAGUGGACGCAUCGCCUCUCUCAACCAACACAAAAAAUCGAAUGCAUCGACUUUCUUCGUCCAAAUCGCAUGUAUUUACGCAAACACAUGUAUGUAUAUAUAUAUAUAUAUAUAUAUAUGCACUUGGUUCAUGUUGAUAGGGAUGUGUGUGUGUAGAUGCAUGUGUGGGUGUUUGGCGUUUUUUCCUUGGUCUUUGUUUCCGAUUUUUCGAUGCAAACGUCGGGACCGCAGCGAUGGGUCCCCAGGGGCGUGCCGGGCGUCGAGUGGAAGAGAAGCAGCCUCUCGCGUUGUUGCUGGAAUUUCCGCUUGUACGACGACGCCUCUGUCGACCUGAGGUGAAACACCGCGUUCGUGUGGCUGCGACCAUCGGUGAAAGAACGCCAGUCUUCCUCUCUCUCUGCUGUCUUUUUCUCGAGGGUCCUUUUCGCCUUGUGGGCGGAGAGAGACGCAGCCAAAGGGAGAGCACCCGAUGUACCACGACUUCUUCCCUCAUGAAUGCGCAACUUCUUCUGUGCAGGCCUUCUUCGCGGUCGGCCAGGAAUGUGCCG